UUUGCCUAAAAAUAUAUUGCUGUGAUAAUAAAAUCUAUCUGGCUUUUUCAAACUGUUUUGUUAAGUAUAUAUCAAGCUGUUUUUAAGGCUGAAAGAAAAGUCUGGUUAAAUAUUGUCUUCAGCUGGUGCCCAUUAAUUUAUAGCAGUUCCCAUCCAAUUCCCCUUCUAUUUUUAGCAACAAUACCUACACGAAAAUACGUCAUAUCGUGCGAGUGGAAUAAAUCUGCAAAAACGAUUCCCUCCGUGAAAACUAAUCUCACGUUCUCUGCCACAAAAUCCUAUUUAAUUCCGGUAUGAAUUUGUGCAUUUGAGAGUGAAAAACAAGAGUAGUUCUAAGUAAUAGGUAUUAAUUUAACAAUGGCUGUUCUAUGCCCUCCAUCUUCGUCGUUAAAAAACUGGCCAGAGUCGUUAAAAAAACUGGUUACAUAUUGUUUUUGGCUGGUGUCUUAUUGACUAUACAGUCAAGUGUAGUUAGCUCGAACUUAUUGCUGGGAAACGAUUGGACUUAUCCUUCACAUGUAUGCAAAGAGGUCUUUCCAUUCCCCAUUCAAAAUCCCAUCGUCGGAAGUUUGUCUUUCGGUAUAAAUUUAAGAAUGGGGUGUGUAAAACAAAAGAUGGUUUAAACUGAGAACCCCAGAGUGGUUAAUGUUGUCUCUCCUGGCGAAUGAAUGCUUGACCGGAUUAUAGAUAUAGUAGCACCACCUACAGCGAAAAUUAACACAAGUCCUUGUCAUGGAGUGUGAGUGAUUGUCAGUUCGAGGAAGAAUUUGUUUCCAGGCUGAUAGUUAUUUAUGCUUUGAGGAAACUUUUUCAAGCGCAAAAAAAGCCUGCACAAAACAAACACCUUUGUUGUUCUGACUCUGCUUUUUCUUAUUCUUAUGAAAAGUUUCAGAUUAAGGAAAAUUCUUUAGUUUAGCGGAUGACGACACAUGCAUGUUUGGUAGUUUAGAUCAUCGUCAGUAUAUAUUCCAUUUACAAGAAACACAAAUGGUCACAAGUUGUUUAAUUUUUGUGCUGCGUAAAAGAUUUGGAACUGAGAAGAGAAAUAUGAAGUUUGUUGCAGUUUUUGUUUUCCUUUUCGCGUGUAUCGCCAUGAACAAAGGUGAUAGUGAAGAAGGAUCAGCUGCAGACUCAGGUAAUUGGAAUAUACAUCCUUAUUUUAACCAAAUUCAUGCGAAAUUUCUUUAAACCAAAAAAAUCAUUGUAUUUGCCACAGACCCGUCUAUUUACGGUAUUUAUAUUACAAUGCAAUUUUAUAUAAUUUCAACUGUUCUCCAAACAAGCUGAGUUUAUCUCCCUCUUGCAUAACUAAUUCUUAUUGAUUUUCUUUAGGGACUUGCAAUGCAUUGAGUGGACAUCUAAGCGAAUGCACAGGGCAAUAUUCUCUUCAUUAUUGCUACAAUGGUGGGACAUGUUGCACCAUUCCAGGUCAGUCUAGCCUUGAUGUGAAACAUGUGUAUCUGUACCACAGGAUAUACAGGACCUCGUUGUCAGUUUGUGUUUCCUAAUUCCAAAUCCAGAGACUGAAGAUUCUGGCAAACACGAGUCAGUCUCAACAGCCUGAUUGUCGAUGGCUUUAAAAGAAAUUUGUAGUAUUAUGAUUCAAAACAAUAUUAUGUGAAAGUAGAAACAGUUAUUUAUGUAUAUCUGAAGAAAUAAAGAUUAGUAUUUCUUGCACCAAAACUAUCGGCUAUAUUUUGUUACACGACUUUUGAUUUUCAGUGAAUCAGUGGGAUUGUAAUCUGACAAGUGCUAGAAAAAUAGCAGAAGUUGAGAAUAGCAGAAAUUAGAGAUCUUAGAUUAUUAAAAUCGUCAGUUUCUUUGUCAGAGCCAGCUCAGCAUUUAUAAGUUGUACGACUUGUAUCCACCCUAUAUCCACCCUGUAUCCAUCGAGUUCCCUACCAGUUCCUCACGUACCCCCACUGUGUUUACAAAAUUACCCGGGCUUGUUAGCAGUUGGCGCCAUUUUGAUAUUUACUAUUUUUCUUCAUAAAUCUUGUAAAUUUUCACCUGGUGCUUUGACGAUCGUCAUGUAACAUCACUCAGCUACAUUCCUGUGUGUGGAAAAACUACGAAAUAUGGAUAAAUUAAGUUGCAUUCUUGUUAUAUGCAGGAUGGGAUCAGAUGGAACAGCGCAUCCAUGGAAUAUUUUGUAAAAUUUUUGCAAGGAAAGCCUAUUAAAUUUCGAUAUUAUAGUAAUUAUACACAUCUCUUAAACACCACCAUUUUAUACGAUGGGGGAUACAGGAGUUACACAAAGAGGAAGCAUUAUGAAUUACUUUCAGAAAGAGAAAUCAAAUGACCCGUUGAAAACGGAUAAAAAGAUUGAUGAAAAUCCAAUUAUGGUGGAAUUGAAGGAGGACUCUGUAGAUUCAGGUGAUGUAAGCCACCCCAUAAGCAUGGACAAAGGUGAUCAAAAAGUGAUGGAGUGUGUAUCAUCUUCUGAUAACAAAGAACUAGACCACUGUGUCCGUGAUCAGGGUGAUUACCACAAAGAUGGUAAGUGUAAUGUCAGAGAUGUUGAACUGGAAUAUGCUGGUGAAAAAUGUCACAGUGAAAGGAAAGAAAAGUGGAACUUCAGCUGGAAACAAGGAAAAACAAGGAAAAAGGUAAAAACAAGUGCAAUAGACACUUCUGAUAGUGAUCAGGAUUUUGAAAUGAACCCCAAGUCAAAUGGAAGUAAGUCAAGUGAAACAGAAGUCAAAGACAUUACCAAGUCAAAGACACAAGGAAAGAAACGAAUAAAUAGGACAAAGGCAUCUGGACAUUGUGUAAAACCUGUUAUAGAAAUAUUGAACCCAUCAGACCCAGAGGAUGGGUUAAAAUCUCUUAGUGAUAUCUCACAAAACACUGAGGCUGAAAUCUUGUUCAUUAAUGAAACUAAUGAUAAAGGUUUUGAAAAUGAAUCCAAAAAGAAGAAUUUGGACACAAGGGGUGAGAUUGAAGAUGUAGAUAUUGUGAAAAUUAAGGACUCUUGUAAAAGUCUAAAAACUCCCAAAGAUAGGUUGGAGAAUUCUAAGAAGAAUUACUUUGAUGUUCUGAUGCAAAGUUCUAAACAGAAAACUUUGGAGAAACGAAAAACAGAGAGUGAUACUGAUAAUCACAAUGGAGAUCUCGACUGUAGUAGCUCUUGUAAAGAAGGUGACAGGGUGGAUGAUUCAGUAAAAAAAGGCGAGAAAAAGGGUAAAAAGAAUAGAGCUUUGAGGAGAAAGAAGGACAGUAUUGAUGACAAAGAUGUUGGUAGAAAAGUUGAUGGAGAAAAUGCUUUGCUUCAGCCAAAAAAACAGACUGGAAACCACAGCAAGGGAUGCAAGAGGGACGAGUGUAGUGUGAAUGAAACAGCUGUUAGGUCAUCUACUAGAACUCGGAAGAAGUUUGUUCCUACUCCUGAAGUUAUUGAGGAUUUAAAUCAGGAGGAAGCUAUGGAUAUUCCAGUUGUAAAUGAGAUCUCAAGUAAACCUCUGACCAGGAAGAGAGCAUUGACAGCUGCAAAGAAAGUGUUUGCUGUGGAAGCAACAGUGCUCAUCAGUCCAGAUAAACAAGUUCAGUUGGAAGAGAGGAAACAGGAUUUACUGAAGGAACAAGUGGAAAAACCUGAACUUUUUCAGACAAGUCGACAUGGAAACACUGAGUCAAGAAUGGAAAAAAGUAUUGAUACAUGUGAUGAAGAUAAAGAUAGGAAGAAGGGAAGGAACAGUAAGUCUACAAAACCAAGGAGGGAAAGACGUUUAAGAAAAUCAUGUAUCCUUGACAGUAGUGAUGAGGAGGAACAAGCAACUGAAUCAACAGUUGAAGCAAAACCAUCUCCUGUUGAAACAGAAGAUAAAAAACCUCGAAAAGUUUCAGGUCCAAUUGCUCCGAUAUUCCUCCCUGGUGCAUGGCGUCGUGCAAAAUCUAAACUAGAAGAAGCUGAAAUAUUAGAAGCAGAUAAAGAAAUCGUUGAAGUAAAAGAAGAUCGCAGUCUACAACCAAUUGCAAACGCCAUCAAUUCACCCGUCCAUUGUAACUCGGAUAUUCCCAUUGACGAUUCCAGCGCAAGUCUGAAUGCUUUCUUGAGCAUGUUUAAGAAGCCAACGACAAAAGCCAGUCCUGUACCAGUACAGUUUGUUGAAGCUCCGUUCCCGAAGAUCAGCCAUGUUCAGCAGAAAGAUGAAGCGAAUGAUAUGAAAUGGAAUCUACCGAUAGUUUGGAAUCGAUUUGUCAAGGAGGACUAUUUUUUCUGGCCUGAUGGAAGUGGAUCCGUUACUGAACGAACCAUGUCUUUAAGCUUUUUAAAGACGGAUAUUUCUUGUUCAGAAAAGAAAACAAAGGUACUAUACAGACUCUAUGGCUUAAAAUUGUUCUUUAUGAAAAGUUUUGCGAUUAUUCUGCCAUAUUUGCCAUUUUUGUAG